ACCAAGACCAACCCAGCAGCUACACUACACUACUCUUGCUUGCUUGCUUUGCUCGUAACUACCCACAGCUAGUUAUGGCCAACAGCAAGCUCCCCGCCCUUCCCCUCCUCGCCGCCGUCCUGCUUGCCCUCGCCGCGCCCUCACUCGCCGGCGACCCCGACAUGCUCCAGGACAUCUGCGUCGCCGAAUACAAAUCCCUCAACGGCCCUCUGAGGCUGAACGGGUUCCCGUGCAAGAGGCCGGAGAACGUGACGGCCGACGACUUCUUCUCCGGCCUGCUGGCGAGCCCCGGCGACACCGGCAACGCGGCGGGGUCGGCGGUGACUGCGGCGAACGUGGAGAGGCUCCCGGGGAUCAACACCCUGGGCGUCUCCAUGGCGCGGAUCGACUUCGCGCCCUGGGGCGUGAACCCGCCGCACACGCACCCGCGCGCCACAGAGAUCAUCUUCGUCCUCCAGGGCUCCCUCGACGUGGGGUUCGUCACCACCGCCAACAGGCUCUUCGCCCGCACCGUAUGCAGGGGCGAGGUCUUCGUCUUCCCGCGCGGCCUCGUCCACUACCAGAGGAACAACGGCGGCACCCCCGCCGCGGUCAUCUCGGCCUUCAACAGCCAGCUGCCGGGCACGCAGGCCGUCGCCCAGACCCUCUUCGGCGCCUCGCCGGCGGCGCCCACCGACGUGCUGGCCAGGGCGUUCCAGAUAGACGCCGGCCUCGUGGAGGCCAUCAAGUCCAAGUUCCCGCCCAUGUAGCAGGCACACGGCACGCUGGCUAGCAUCAGUACAUGCAUCAUCACGUUGUAUGCUGUAAUAAUAAAGUCAACUGGUUACUACGUUGGGUUGUUUCGUGUGUCAUGCUCAUGCAUGGCCUCGACACUUCACUGUUGCUGCUUUUCAACUUCUGCACGAACCACUCUUUGUGUAAGGUGGUAUGUAUCUGUCAUUGUCUCUCUAUUAUAUAUAGAUGAUGCUUCUUUUGGCA